AGAAAGUGACCACGGCCAAAGCCUAUCCAGCCCUUUGAGCGGUGGGACUGCGACCAGACGGACUCAUUUACCCCAGUGACUGUUUACCACCUGAGAAAGCCUCCGCACGGAUCAGCGGGAAAGCUCACAUUUCAAACAAACAGAUUUUUCCCCCCUCUCUCUCUCUCUCUGGUGAGGAACCAUUGUGGUUGCUGCUUUUUGGACACUUAAUUUGCGCACGGCGGAUCUAUGAAGACGCAGGCAGGUUUUUCACUCUCAGCACCAGACCGAGGGAACAGGGAGUGAUUCACCCUCCCCACUCACACACACACCCACCCACCCCACCCUGCAGCCCCCAUGCCGGGCAUUAGCUCCACCGCGCCUCGAUAUGAAAACUGGGACAUGGACCACCUUGACCAUUACCAACAUUAUUUCUACGACGACCACGACCCGGAUGAGGAUUUCUUCAAGUCCACGGCGCCCAGCGAGGACAUAUGGAAGAAAUUCGAGCUGGUACCGACCCCGCCCAUGUCCCCCAUCCGGGCGGUAGAAGGGUCGGGCAGGGUCGGGCUGCUGUACCCGUCUCUGGGAGACAAGCUGGAGUGGGUUUCUCAGUUCUUGGGGCAGGAGGAUGACCAGCAGCAGGACCUGCCUUGCAAACUGACCACGGCCAAUGACUCCUUCGGGAACCUGAGCUCCAUCAUCAUCCAGGACUGCAUGUGGAGCGGUUUCUCGGCCGGGCAGCAGCUGGAGAGAGUUGUUGGGGAGCGCUGCGCCUCCUGUCCCGGGACGGGAGCGGCUGCCAAAGUCGCUGCCGGGUCUGCCGUUGCGUCCCCGGGCAGGACGCAGUGUGCGCCCGCAGACACGCCAGCCCUCAGCGGCUUGGCGGCGGACUGUGUGGACCCCGCUGCGGUGCUCACUUUCCCUUUAACCGGUGGAUCCGGUGGAUGCAAGAAACAAGUGUCCUCUGGUUCAGAGUCUCACACCGACUCAUCAGAUGAUGAAGAUGACAAGGAUGAGGAUGAAGAGGAGAUCGAUGUGGUGACGGUGGAGCACAAGCAGCAGCAACAGCAGCAGCAGCGUAAACCUCGUCGACUGGUCAACACCCGUAAACCUGUGACCAUAACGGUGCGGGCUGACCCUCUCGACCCCGGCAUGAAGCGUUUCCACAUCUCCAUCCACCAACAGCAGCACAACUAUGCUGCCCCAUCCCCGGACACUCUCCCCACGCCAGCCGAGCCACCUCGGAAGAGGGUUCGGCAGGAGGCAUCCACCCAGGCGACCCAGCCUCACCCGAACCUUCAUUACCACCAGCCCCGGCCUGGCCACACCCCUUUGAACUUGGACAGCCGAAAGUCUCACAUGGCUGGAGUCAGGUCAGAGUCACCUAACCUCAGCGCCUCCUCUCCUACCUCCUCCACAUCGCCUUCAUCUCCUCCCUCCUCCUUCUCUUCUUCCUCCUCCCAUCCCCAAUGCUCCCCGUCAAAGCCCCACUCCCUCUCUCACCUAUCCAGCCCCCAGUCCUCCGACUGCGAGGACACAGACAAACGCAAGGCGCACAACUUUCUGGAGCGCAAGCGACGGAACGACCUGCGCUCGCGUUUCCUGUCGCUGCGGGACGAGAUCCCCGGCUUAGCGGACUGCCCCAAGACUCCCAAGGUGGCGAUCCUCACACGAGCCACCGAGUACCUGCAGCAGCUGCAUGCCAGCGAGAGGCAGAAGGCUCAGGAGCGGAAACAGCUGAAGGCCAGACAAGUGCAGCUGCUGCAGAGGCUGGCACAGCUCAAACGAUCCUGAGCGCCGGGGUCGGCUGCCACCACACACGUACACUCACAGAACUCAAUGGGACUACAUGAAGGAGAAAAGACACUAAUGUUCACUUUGAGUUGGUCACGUUGGAAUAGUGCGGGUGGAUUUUUUUUUUUCCCUUCUGUUUUUGUGGUUUGCACAUUAGCUACGAGUGAUUGACAAGGUCACAAGCCGGUCGAGACAGCAAGCUAGGAACUGAUCUUAUGGGGAAUCUUACGGGCUGAUUAUUAUGUUCAUGGUUACUCAAUAUAGAUUUGUCAAACUGUUUUGUUUCCCCUUGCUAAAAAUGGUCAAAACUGUUGCUUGCUACUGGAAGGCCUGCUGUGGAUGCAGCAGCUUCCAGUUGAUAAACUGCUACAACUGUGCUGUUUAACUGCUGCAUGGUCUGGUCAGACGUCUCUUUUUGAUAGGGCUUGGUGUGCUUGCACAGCAGUAUUGUCUCCUCUUUCUAUCAGUCUGAAGAGCCCUGUAGAGUUUCUUUCCCUCUUCAAAUUUCAACUUUUUUUUUUUUUUUUUACACUGGUAGACGCUCAGCAUACAACUUGUUUUGACAUCAGGUUGAGUCUUUUUACUUCUAUGUUCUUUUCCAUUUUCCUUUUACUUUCCCCCUCACUCUCUGUAUGAUCUGACCUCUUCUCUGUUGUUUCUUGUCCUUUCCUUCUCUCUUUUUCCCUGUCAGCAGUUGAAGUUUCUAGCUUUAUGCUUGCCGGUAAUGGAGAUGCAGGGCAGCUAUAGUUGGACUGUACUGAGCCAUGCAACAGUGAUGUUACAACUGGAUGGAUAUAAUAUGUUCUGCACCUCUGAAAUAGCUCAGGUUAAGUCCCGACAUCUGUGCCUGCAGGUUUUCACUGAUUAACUUGUUUUCUUGUUGCAUCAGAGAUGUUUUUCGACAGCAGUGCUUUGCCCGCAGUAACAGCCUGUUCUGUAGCAUUAUUUGGAGAAAAUGAGAAUAUACGCUGCCAUCAAGGCAUUGUUUGAGAUUUAUCAUGUUUUCAAGCAACAAUCUGCAAAAACAGUAUGAAAAUUGUAACCAGGAUUUCACACUCUUUAUUAGUGUUGUGUGAUGGAGACCCGCCAAAAGGUGAAUGUCGGCUUCAGUUAAUUAACCAAAAGAUGCCCUUAGAGAAUGACUCAAAUCUAAUCUGUCUGUUAUCAAAGAUGCCAACUUUUGCUAGGACUUGAAGCCCACUGAGUUCCAACAAUAUAUUUCUGUCAUCUUGCUGUCUGAUUAUAUUUGUACAUUUUUUUUUUUUUUUUUUUUUUGCAUUUGAUGUAAUGCCUAUAGAAGCCUUUCAAUGUAGACAUUAUGUAUAUAUUACCCUCACUGUACAGUCCCUUCCAAACCAAAACCAGAGCUGUCUACUAUACUCAUCCUAGUUUUUGUUCAGCCUUGUGUGCUACACCGGGGCCAGGCUUGCUGGCUUUUCAAAGAUAACUCAAAGCUUCUAUUUUUGUUAAAAAAAUGAUUAUGAAAAAGAGUCAAAAUAAAACACUUACUGAACAUUGAACACACUAGCCACUUUGUCACAUUUUUUUGUUUUCAUUACUUUUCUGUCUCUGGGGUUUCUUUAUUUGUACAAGUCACAGUUGACAAAAGUUUUAUACUAUAUUUUCCUACCGAGUUGUGUUUCAGUGUGAGCUAAUGACUGUUUUUGUUAUGUAGCUGGCAGGGCUUUAUUGGUGGUUAUGUGCUGAAAAUUGGCAUGUAAGGUCUGCUUUCUCUUUCUGUGUCUCUCUGGAGUGGAAAGCACCUGAAAGCUCUAUUCAAUCCAAUCACUGUAGCUGUAGCGCUCUCUUAAAUCUGGUGUGUGUGUGUGGGGGGGGUGGGGGGGUGGUUAAGAGGAUCUACCGAUUAAACUUAAGGCAGUGUGUAGCCUUUAGCGACCUUAAUGUUACUGCUUUCUUUGCUUUUUUGCAGGCCCAGUGCUCCCCAUUGUCCCAUAAGCCAUGCAACAGAGAACACUGUAGCCAUGGAUCUAGUACUGUAAAUGACUCAUAACUAGUAGCAUCCCCUGCUUUACCAGCACUCAGGAAACCCUCAAGUAGUCUGUAGCUCUUGUGAUAGGUCUUGUGCUUGAGAAAAAAACAAGCCUAAUAUUAUAUGCUGUGUGUAUAAUAUAACCUCAGAAACCACUUUCAGAGAUGAGAGAGGAUUUAAUCAGAGGAUUCAUGAUGUACUUGGUUGAAGAAAGGAGAUCAUCAUAAAUUUUUCCCUUUUCCUUUUUCUUCUUCUUCUUCAAUAAAAACUGCUAAUUAAUUCAGCACAAAUCACCAAUAGCUCUGAUUUUAUUUUAUUUUAUUUUAUUUUAUUUUUUUAAAGAGGGAGCACCGCCAGCAGUGGUUUGCCCCAUACUUUUAUUUUGUUUAACUUGUAUUGGUCACUGGUCUCUGCGGUUGGCACAGUCAUGGUAGCAGUCAACAUUGCUUGCUUACUUUGGGAGUUCAGUUAUGGUGAUUUUGGAGCCUUGUCUCAGCACUUUGUUUUUUUCUGUACCUCAUAAACCUCUAUGUAUGAAGAGUAAGUCAGAAAAUUAAUAAAUUUCAUGGUUUGACA